AUGAGCAAAACAAUUUUCGCUCUUUAUUUUUUUACAUUACUUCCAAAACAUUCGAUUGAUCUAGAAAGGUUAGACGCUGCACUCGAUCCAACCACAGAAGUCGAUGUGGCAGCGGUUGUGCUGCACGAGGAUCUUGCUCACAUCCCAAGAAAGAGGAAGGGUUUCACGUCACAGCAUAAAAGGGGAAUAAUUCGAUUUUUGGAUGCUACAGCAGCAUUUCUGAAACAUGUGGAUUUCAAAAUUGUAAAAUGUUAUUUGAUAGCUUCGAGAGGUUUUCUUAAUCAGCAAUUUAUGGAUCACUUGAUCGCAUGUGCUGAUAAUCAAGGGAAAGUUUUGGAAGAUCCGAAUAUCGCUGCAUGGUUGACUGAUACACAGGCUCAAGGAGUGGUCAAAGCAUUAAAACAAUUUUUCGAAUACAUGUCGACUGAACCAGAUCGCGCUUAUUAUGGUUACAAACAUGUAGCCGGUGCUAACGCCGAGCAAGCCAUUGAAACCUUGUUGAUAGCUUUUUUGCUUUUUCGAUCACAAGAUAUCACAAGGAAAAGAUAUGUCAAGCUUGUUGAAAAUGGAGCAAAUGUGCUAAUCUUCUCAUCUAUGCACGUCAACGGAGAGCGGCUGGCUUUACUUACAGCAUUUGCUGUGAUACUGAGAUUUGCUAUACCUGAAUUAGAUGAGGAACAAAUGAAUGAAGAUCCCGGGGAAGAGAGUAUACCA